CCAGGUUGCCCCUCUCUAUCCAGCUAGAAAAACUUGAGUUAGACAAACAGAAGCACACGCCUACCUACCUCAUGGCUACAGAAAACGGAGCAGUUGAGCUGGGAAUCCAGAGCCUGUCAACAGAACAGACACCUAAAGGUGCUGCAGGUGAUGGACCUCCAGCUUCAGAGAAAGAACCCAUCCCCCUAGUAACAGAGAAAGACCUGGGUCCCCCUAACACGAAGAAAAACCCUGGUGCACCGGAUCCAAAGAAAAAUCCAGAUCCACCGUCCCUGAAGAAAGAUCCCACCGAAGCCCCUGGCCCAGAGAAAAAGGUUGACCUGGCCUCAGCUUCAGCCGGCAGCCAGGGCCCUUCAGGAGAGGGGGAUGGAGGUGGGGGGCCUGCUGAAGGCAGUGUGGGGCCCCCUGCAGCCUUGCCCCAGCCCACUACCACAGCCGAUGCCAGUAUCCAGAAGCUGGAUGCCAAGCAAGCACUCUCGGGCGACCAGGAAUCCGGAGAGGCCAAGGCAGGCAAGAAGGCAGCAGAAUGCCGCGAAGCAGGAAGAAGGGGCUCCCCUGCCUUUCUGCACAGCCCUAGCUGCCCCGCCAUCAUCUCCUGCUCUGAGAAGACACAGGCUGUGAAGCCCCUUAGCGAGACAACAGACCUCGUCUUUGCAGGGGUGUCUGUAGCCCCUGACCACCAAGAUCCUGGUCCAGCCAAGGCAGAAGGAGGGAAGAAUGCCCUGGCAGAGAAGAAGGAAGAGACAGAGAAAGCCCCAGGCCAGGCUGGGCAGGCUAAGGUGCAAGGGGACACCUCCCAAAGGAUCGGGUUCCAGGCUGUUCCCUCAGAGAGAGCAGAGGUGGGGCAGGCCCUCUGUCUCACUGCCAGGGAGGAAGACUGCUUCCAAAUUCUGGAUGAUUGUCCGCCACCCCCAGCCCCCUUCCCACACAGGAUCGUGGAGCUGAGGACCGGAAAUGUCAACAGUGAAUUCAGCAUGAACUCAAAGGAGGCAUUGGGGGGUGGCAAGUUUGGAGCUGUGUGCACCUGCACGGAGAGAGCUACAGGCCUCAAGCUGGCUGCCAAGGUGAUCAAGAAACAGACUCCCAAGGACAAGGAAAUGGUGUUGCUGGAGAUUGAGGUCAUGAACCAGCUCAACCACCGCAAUCUGAUCCAGCUGUACUCAGCCAUUGAGACCUCACACGAGAUCAUCCUGUUCAUGGAGUACAUCGAGGGAGGCGAGCUCUUUGAGAGGAUUGUGGAUGAGGACUACCAACUGACCGAAGUGGACACCAUGGUGUUCGUCAGGCAGAUCUGCGACGGUGUCCUCUUCAUGCACAAGAUGAGAGUCCUCCACCUGGACCUCAAGCCAGAGAACAUCCUGUGUGUGAAUACCACUGGGCACUUGGUGAAGAUAAUCGACUUUGGCCUGGCAAGGAGGUAUAACCCCAAUGAGAAGCUGAAGGUGAAUUUUGGGACCCCGGAGUUCCUGUCACCGGAGGUGGUGAACUAUGACCAGAUCUCUGACAAGACAGACAUGUGGAGUCUUGGGGUGAUCACCUACAUGCUACUGAGUGGCCUCUCUCCCUUCCUGGGAGACAAUGACACGGAGACUCUAAACAAUGUCCUGUCUGCCAACUGGUACUUUGAUGAGGAAACCUUUGAAGCUGUGUCAGAUGAGGCCAAAGACUUCGUUUCCAAUCUUAUCACAAAGGACCAGAGCGCCAGAAUGAGUGCCGAGCAAUGCCUCGCCCACCCCUGGCUCAACAACCUGGCAGAAAAAGCCAAACGCUGCAACCGUCGCCUCAAGUCCCAGAUCCUGCUUAAGAAAUACCUCAUGAAGAGGCGCUGGAAGAAAAACUUCAUUGCUGUCAGCGCAGCCAACCGCUUCAAGAAGAUCAGUAGCUCGGGGGCACUGAUGGCUCUGGGGGUCUGA